CUGGUGCCUGCCCACCUACCCGCUGCGCCGGUCGAUUCCCCAUCCUGGUCGCAUGGAGGCAUCACGUCGGCUGCCCGUUCCCAUCGUGCUGCUAGGCCUGGUGUUUCUCGUUUCUGGCGCCCCCAACUCGCUCGGCGGUCUGAUGCCGUUCGGGUCUGGCUGGUCCUUUGACUCUGGCCACAUCCCAUCUCGAAGCCCCCCCCUUUCCCCUUUCCCCCUUGCCUUCCUCGUCCGCCCUCGGCGCUGUUGCAAUGCGACCUGGCCUGUCCCGCGCCCCAAGCUAGCCACGGCUUGGUGUUUUUAAUUCGCCUUUUGUUUAAUAAUUGACUCUAUUCCAGAUGGCCCAAGGCCGCCGCACCCCCCAGUUUUCUUGUGCCCGUUUCUUCCCUGCCUAAAAUUUUUCCUACCUUCUCAAAACGCAGCCAUCCCCAAUCUCUUUUUCUCCCCCCAACUGCCCAAACCACGAUCUUUUCCCACCACUUCCACCCACCACAAUCCUUUUUCCCUGGCGGUGAAACGCCCUUUUCCAUCAACAGCGUCGCCAUCCCAAUCGUUUUUAUCUUGAAAAUACCAUUGUUCGAUUCUGCAGAGUCUCCUGCAUCUCCCGCUGCACCUGAUAUAUCGCCGCCCGCCCGUCGUCUGUGUUUUUUUCGACCUGCAAUAUUCGCGAUUGCCGCUGCGCGUCGGCGGAUUCUGCAGUCGGGCUGCUGAGGAUAUUCGCAACCUGAGAGCUCCACCCAACGCACUGUCCACCCUCCCAAACGACCGCCACCCGACUGGAAGCAGCCCAUCCACGCCUAAUCCGGCAGACGGGUCACGUUACCGGCCCCGUCAGCACCACAGCUGGCCACCGCCCUGGUUCGCGAUCGUUCUGCGUCUCUUGAUUGGUCCGCUCCACACGCUUCACGGUCACCACCGUGACGUUAUUCAGGGUCCCCAAAUGUGCACCAAUUAAUCCUUAGUGUCAACUCCACGCUCGUCUGCACCCUUUCCCCGUCGUAUUUUUUCUGCACUUUCAAGGUUCGAACGCGUCGCCAAAGUUUCCCUCGCUGUCGGGAGGGGAGCAGCAUUGGCCUGCUAGGGGUUCAGGGCGAAGAAUGGCACAGUACAGCUCGUCGCCAUCGCUGUCGUCUCCUCCCUCAGGUUCAAUUUCGGAUCCAGGUUCCCCGUCACGCCUCCACCAAGGCCGCGCCAACAUCGCUAUGGGCGACGAGAUCAUUGUCGACACGGCCGCCCAAGCCAGGUUCGGGCUCCUCCAGCAAGAGCCCCAACCCAAUGUUCCACUGACUGCUGCUGGACUUCCUCGCAAAAAGCCUGGCCGGAAACCCGGCGCGGCCGCGGCCGCUGCUGCUGCGAAGAAGGCUGCAGCCGCCGCCGCCGGAUCGCCUGCCGACGGAAGCUCGAUUAACAACCCAGAGGCUCCCGCCAAACAACGAAAGCCCCGGAAGCCCAAGGAUCCCGGCGCUCCCCCCGUCCAGCGUAAGCGUAAGGCACCCCCAACAGAUGUUGACGGUGCCCCGGACCGAGAGGGUAGAUCGUUUUCGACCGGCCCGGAGACCCUUCGCCAGCCCAAGAUCACAGAGCUGGCCUCGAUGCGUAUGGACCUUGACCCCCCAGUCCGUCCGCAGCAAGCCCAACAGCAACCACCCCCGGCCGCCCCGAAACCGGCUAUCAAGCGCGAAUCCAUGCCUGGAUCCAUGCGAAAUAUCCUCAACGACGACUCCCCUCCUCCUCCCCAGCACUCGCCGCCCCCGAGGACCAGCGGCCAAUCUUACGAUCCUGUACGAUCAAAUUCCAACUAUGACCCCGUUCGCGAGACGAUGCUCGCUCGCGACCCCUACGGCACCGGCUCGCUUGGCUCUCCGCGUGCUCCGUCGCAAAUGCCCAACCGCGCCAGCGCAUCGCCUUCGAUAGCAAGCCUCGUCGAUCCGGUCCCAUCGACGCAGAUGCGCUCGCCCCCUGUUCUUAAUCAAUCAUUCAGCCGGUUCCCGGAGUCGACGUCGACGCCAACUUCGCCCUCCACCACCGUUCGCAAUGCAUCAUCAUUUGCCGCUACAACCGUGCCGGCCCACCGCCCCGCAGCCCCAGCUGUUUCGCCCGUUAGUGAACCCAGGCAACCUGCGUCCGCGGCUGAGGCUAAGGAGACCAAAACGGUACCGGCGUCCGAGAGCACCAAGACCAAGGCUGCUCCCGAGGGAACAAGAACUAAGACGACGUCGACCGAGAAGUCCAAGACCGCACCGGCCUCUGAGGUAACCAAGGCAACUAGAAAGUCGACCGGAUCCGCUAUUCCUUCGCUCAAAGCGCCUCCUGUUUCUGCGAAGGGCUCGGAUACUGCAAAGUCCACUUCGUCUACUGCAUCAAAGGACAAGGACACAACUGCAGCGGCGCCUGCGUCUGCACCCAGCAAGAAGGUCCAUUCGAUGGUCCUCCAGGAGCGCAACAAGCAAAAGGGCACUAGCUCGACGUCUUCGCCCAGAGUUUCCGGUGUCGCGAUGCCUCCGAUUCCAGACUUCCCAGAUGACGGCAAUGAGCGAUCGAUCCUCGACUUUGGAAAGGCCAAUCCGGCGGAUAAGAAACAGGCACCGUCCAUCGUGCUCGAGAUUGCCCUGAACGGCGAGACCAACAAAUACGUUAACUUCAUGCGCAUGGCGGAGGACAAGUACGGCUGGGACGCCCUCCAUCCUCGCGAGGCUGCGCACCGCGACCGUAAAGCGCGGAUCGCGGCUGCGGCAUCCGCGCUCGAGAAGAAUGAGAAGGCGGGAUCCGGUCGUGAGACGUGCGACGAAGAGACGGACCAAGAGUCGGGCGCGGAUGAGAGCAAUGCCGAAAACGGCAAUGCCGCCGCGGCUGUCGCUAGCGGCCCGGACGCCGCAGCUGACGACGCUCCCAAAAAGAUUCGGCGCAAGCGAAACUUCAAAGAGGACGAAUAUGACAAGGAGGACGACUUUGUCGACGACUCUGAGAUGCUCUGGGAGGAGCAGGCCGCGGCGAGCAAGGACGGAUUCUUCGUUUAUUCGGGUCCGCUGAUCCCUGAGGUUGAGAAGCCCGCACCUGGAUCCGAGGGUCCUCCCAAACGUGGACGUGGUGGGCGCGGAAGCCGCGGCGGCGCAACCCGCGCAUCUGCUCGCGGUGGUGCCUCCGGACGUGGCAGCCGGGGCGGGCCUGGCUCGCGCGGCGGCGCUACGGUUCGGAAGCCUCGCAUCACUAAGCUCGAGAAGGAGCAGAUCGAGCGCGAAAAACAGGAGCGUGAGAAACAGGCCAAACUGACGUCCACAAAAUCGAGCUCGAACAGCUACGGGCUCGGUUCGCCCAGCGCCAACGCCCCCCUAUCAUCCGCCAUGGUCAUCGACCUCUGAUGGCGGGUGUGUACUCAUACCAACCCUUGCCGUGUCUCCUUUUCCGAUGUUUUCCCCUUGGUUUUGAUACCACAUACCAUCACCGAUUCUUUUUUUCGUUUGUCCUACCCUUCUUGUUUUGCGGUUUUUUUUCUCCUUCAAUUUUUGUUUUCAUGUGACCUUUGUGCUAAAUGGUUUGUGGGAUCUCAUACAGCGGUUGGUCUCAUGAGGGCGUGUGGGAAUCGAAAGAAGGCGUGGGCGUUCGUUUGGCGAUAGGAGUUUCGUCUACCGAUCGGGUUUCGGUCGCCAUGUUGCUUUAUUCCUUUGCUUACUUUUUUUUGACGGGCCCGGCCUCAAGAGUGCGGCCUGUCCGAUUGUGUGGCUCACGCCGCGAGUACAUAAGAGCUGGGAACUGGAGCUUAUCAUGAGAAGCGAUGAUGGGAUGCAUCCGCAUCUAGCGGCGCCGACCUUUGAGAGUAGCAACCAGAAGAGAGGGUGCUUCGAGAGAUGUGCUCUGUUUAGGACGGCGGGCUCUUCAGCAGAUAGUCUCCUUACUAGUAAUACCAUGAUGAUAAUGCGACUAGGUCGCCUCUAAAUAACAUUGUUUGUAUGCA